AUGGCAAUAAACACAAGUUGGAUAUAUAUUCUGGUCGUUUUGUCAAUCACAAAUGCGGUAAAUGCUUUGCAUCUUCAAGGGGAAUGGAAUCCGUCAAAUAGAUAUUUAUUUUUGACGAAGUUUGGCUUCCAACGAACUCAAGUUGAUGAACCUGAAGCUACAAGAGGGUAUAUUUAUGGAACAGUAAAGCUGAAAAACUCAAUCAAUAAUGAACAUAAUUUAACAGAUAUUGCUACACUUGUCCUAGUCGAUGGUGAAUUCAUUACAGAUCUUUAUGGAAAUGCUACAGAACCAAUGUGGACUCAAAAUAUAACUGAUUUAACCUAUGAAGAAAGUCAAUGGCUUUUGGAAACUGAACGCUGCAAUAAAAUGUUUGCAGAAAUCAAUUCUCUUGCAUGGCACAAAAUAUGCUCACCGACAGGAAAAAUGGAUUUGCUUAGAUCGGUACCGUGUCCUGCAUCUGGCUUAUGUAUGGAAGAGGAUGAUCCAGAAAGUGUGGUACCGAAUUCGCAGUUUACCUUUGGUAUCCAGGAUCUUCGACAACCGCGCUAUUGGUAUCUUAGUUUGGUCGCAUGUAAGCGUAAUCUGACAACAUGUAAAUGGGAGACUACUGCUGUUUCUCGUUAUUCAAACGCAUUUCAUCAUCAUCAUCAUCAUCGUAUUCCUCAUUGA